CGAAGACGGAGAGCUUAUCGUGGAGAGGCAGUUUUGACUCACUCUUUUUUUAACUCAAUCUUUCGCUUCCUUUUAAAUUUCUUCCUUCCUCCACCCCUCUUUCCCUCUCUCCAUAAUUCUAUCUAAUCUUUUCUUACCACCCCUCUUGUACUUUUACAAUGGCCUCUCAGCAGAACGGUGUCUCCAAUGGGGCUAAUGACUUCACCGUCAAGGCCGGUUUGGCCCAGAUGUUGAAGGGCGGUGUUAUCAUGGACGUUGUCAAUGCAGAGCAGGCCCGCAUUGCCGAAGAAGCUGGUGCUGCCGCCGUCAUGGCCCUCGAGCGUGUCCCCGCCGAUAUCAGAGUCGAGGGUGGCGUUGCUCGCAUGUCCGACCCUACCAUGAUCAAGGAGAUCAUGGAGGCUGUUACCAUCCCCGUCAUGGCUAAGGCCCGUAUUGGUCACUUUGUCGAGUGCCAGAUCCUCGAGGCCGUUGGCGUUGACUACAUUGAUGAAUCCGAAGUCCUCACCCCCGCCGAUGACAUCUACCACGUUACCAAGUCCAACUUCAAGGUCCCUUUCGUCUGUGGCUGCCGGAACUUGGGUGAGGCUCUGCGCCGUAUCUCGGAGGGAGCUGCCAUGAUCCGCACCAAGGGUGAGGCUGGUACUGGUGAUGUCGUCGAGGCCGUUAAGCACAUCCGCACUGUCAGCGAAGACAUUGCUCGUGCCCGCGCCAUGCUCCAGUCCUCCAUUGACCCCGCACGUGAGCUGCGCGCCUACGCCCGUGACUUGGGCUGCUCGUACGAGCUCCUGCGCGAGACUGCCGAGAAGGGUCGUCUCCCCGUUGUCAACUUCGCCGCCGGUGGUGUUGCCACCCCGGCCGAUGCCGCACUCAUGAUGCAGCUGGGCUGUGACGGAGUGUUCGUCGGAUCCGGUAUCUUCAAGUCUGGCGAUGCUAAGAAGCGUGCCCGUGCUAUCGUCCAGGCCGUGACUCACUACAAGGACCCCAAGGUCCUGGCUGAGGUCAGCAGUGGUCUUGGUGAGGCCAUGGUUGGCAUCAACGUUGCCCAGAUGUCCGAGGCCGACAAGUUGGCCAAGAGAGGAUGGUAGAUGUAUAAAUUAUAACCUUGCCCCAACGCCCUUUCUCAGCCUUCGUCAUGUAAUGAUUACUAUUUCUUUGGUGUUUUGAAAAGUUGACAUAGCGUCGUCUUCCGCUUUAAGACUUACCUGUACUUGUUGAUAUCUGCAUUUACGCCAUCUGGGAUAAAAAAGGAAGAUACACAAUUGUUAUUAUGAGCCAUGAGCAGAUGAAAAAACAUGGAUUUAAGUCGUUCUCUCCGUAGUAGUCUGUCGAAAGUGGUCUAGACAUAAAUAUUUGUAACUGAUUGCUUUUACACUUAGCAAUAAGCUUCGGCUCCGUCGAUCACGCCGGUGAGCAGCAGUCGGUGUCCCAUUCGGUCUACGGUUCUACCCGGACGAAUUAUUGAACAGGGCGAUGAUAAUCAUGUAGGAUUAUGAAUG